CCGACACGAAACAGGCGCUGAAGACUUAUCUUCUUCAAGAAAACCGCCGAAUUUGACCCGCCCGGGGUUGAGAAAGGCGUAAAACAAGCCGUGUGUAACGCGCACUAGUCCGUGGUGGAGUGGCCAGACGUCAGACUGUGGCUUGAUCGCACUGACUCAAGAUGGACGCCUACAAGCUUCCGGCUGGUGUGCCCUUCAACGAGGCUGUCCUCCUGGCUCUGCGCAUCCGUAAAACUGCUCCUCGAGUUCAUCAGCCGGACACU